GGUUCUUAUUUAUUCCGGGAAAUUUAAUUCUGCAAUAGUCUAAUAUAUAUUGACACGUACACGUCACGUCCUUUCUGGAACAUUCUUCCAAACGGCGUGGUCAUCAAUUUGGUGCAGCAUCAAUUCUAUCCAUAACACUUUAAAAUAUGUCCAAGACCAAAUCAAAAAGGGGGGCACCCAGAUCCACGACGUCGGACCAGUCUCAGCAUGCUCAGGCAGUACAGACAGGGCGUAAUCGCAGGACACGGAGGAGCAAUGCUGACUCCAGUGUAGCACAUGGCGGAGUCCAGCCACAGAUACCUGUCGUCCAGCCUCAGAUACCUGUCGUCCAGCCCAAAGACCACUUUCAACCCCCACAGCGGGUGCAGCCUGGGGUAGAAUUAACGCCGAGUACAGCAGUGGGACUUGUUCAGGAACCUGGCACCUACAGCCGACCACAACCCUCAGCUAAUCCCAGCUUCGUUCCAGAGGCUGCUUUGUCAAGUGAAAUAAGCCGCCUUUUACACUCAUCCUUGUCAGCAAACACCAACCAAGCAUAUAUGGUGGGUAUUCAGGCAUUCAACCAUUUCCGUAGCAUUCAGGGACUACCUAACACUUGGACACCACCGGAUGCUCACAUCAAUACAUUUAUUGCACAUUUAUCCAUACAUGGUUACAAGCAAUCCACAGCUAAAGCAUACAUCUCUGCCAUUAGUUUUUAUUGCAAACUCCACUGGAAUGCGGAUCCGACUAAGCAUUUUAUAGUGCAGAAAUUGUUGCAGGGUAUGAAGCGCACAAAUUCAAUAUCGGAUGCCCGUUUACCUAUCACAUUGGGCAUUUUGGAACUAAUCAUAAAUAAACUACAGGUGGUAUGCUCUAGCACGUAUGAGACCCUUCUUUUUAAAGCAUCAUUCUCACUAGCAUCAUUCUAA